GAGCGUUUAACGGCGGUUGCGCGCGUGCGCGCGGCCGCUUUAACCAGAAGAUCGUUCAAAGCAGCAGGAGGAGGACCGGAAUUGUAUGCAGUAUUUCAAGUGGCCUCCCCAAUGUCCUGCACAGCUGCAACAUGAAGUACCAACUCCUAAACUCAAUGUAUUGAACAGGUGAAGAUCCUCUGGACUGCAGUAAAUUAUUCUUGCUGUUCAAGAAAGAUCGCUGAUUUCCAAGAUGAGUAUGCAGCUGUGACUUCCAAAAGCAGAGGUUAAUUUGGUGCAGAAUCUCUGAGAAACUGCAUGGCCUGGAGGAGGAUUCUGCAGUAAAUCACUUUUUGUUUGCUGAUGUGGGUGUCACUGGCUUGGCCAACAUUUAUUGCUCAUUACUAAUUCCUUGGAGUCCAGCUAAGAGUCAUCCACUUUGCUGUGGAUCCGGAGUCACGUACAGGAUUGACCAGGUCCUAUCAUUAUUCUGGCCCAGAAGCAUGAUGGAUUAAUAGUCUGUCAAGAACAUUGAAAGAAAAGUUUUUUUCAAUCCUAUUGGCUGAGCGCAAGAAAUUUCGAGAGUUGAAAUGACAUCGACUGGGGAUAAAAGAUCCCAGCAGAAAAAUGUGAUUGUGAAUCCUCAACCACCAGAAUAUCGUAACCCAAACAAACCUAGCCGCAUGACAAAUCAGCUGCAGUAUUUGGAAAAAGUGGUGGUUAAAGCUCUUUGGAAGCACCAUUUUGCAUGGCCAUUCCAACAACCUGUUGAUGCUGUGAAGCUGAACUUGCCUGAUUAUUAUCAGAUUACAAAGAACCCAAUGGAUUUGGGUACCAUCAAAAAACGCUUGGAAAAUAGAUAUUAUUGUAAAGCUAUGGAGUGUAUAGAGGACAUAAAUACAAUGUUUACUAACUGCUAUGUAUAUAAUCGGCCAGGGGAUGACAUAGUUGUAAUGGCACAAACAUUGGAGAAGCUUUUUCUACAGAAGGUGUCACAAAUGCCACAAGAGGAAAUAGAACUUCCUGUGGCUAACAAAAGAGGAGGGAAUGGCAAAGGAAGGAAAGGAUCAGUGCCAGCGGUGUCUUCAACUGCACAAUCAAAAUUAUGUCCACCCACAACUGUAGCUGGAAGUCAGAAACCAAUGAUUGUACUACCACCUCAGUCACGAAUACCUUCAUUGUCAGCCACUACACACACACCUUUAUCAGCUGGACAGCCUGUUACAAAAGCAAAGAAAGGUAUUAAAAGGAAGGCAGACACUACUACACCCUCUACUUCAAUUUUCACAAUGAGUAGUACGUCCUCGCCAGUACACUCGGAUUACAAGCCCACAAAAAUCUGCACCCUGAGUGAAGUCAGUCAGUCAAGUAAGCCGCCCACAAAAGAUCUACCAGAUUCUCAACAGCAUCCAGCUAGGAAAAAAGAAAAGUUGACAACACAUUUGCAAUUUUGCAAUAAUAUUCUCAAAGAAAUGUUUGCAAAGAAGCAUGCAGCAUAUGCGUGGCCUUUCUAUGAACCGGUGGAUGCUGAAGCAUUGGGACUUCAUGAUUAUCAUGAUAUUAUUAAACAUCCCAUGGACCUUAGUGCUGUGAAAAGAAAAAUGAACAACCAAGAAUACAAAAAUAGCCAGGAGUUUGCUGCAGAUGUGAGGUUAAUGUUUUUGAACUGUUACAAGUAUAAUCCACCUGACCAUGAAGUCGUAACUAUGGGUAGAAAGCUUCAGGAUGUUUUUGAGACGCUAUUUGCACAAAUAUCUGAGCCUGUUAAAGCUGCAUCAUCGGCACAAUCUACAACUCAUUUCAUUGAAUCAUCAGGUGAAGAUAGUGACAGUUUCUCUGCUGAAAGUAGCUCCGACAGCUUAAGAAAAGAACAGAAGGAUCGCCUUGCUCAGCUUCAAUAUCAGUUGAAAGCGGUGCAUGAUCAGCUCAAAGCAUUAACUCAAACUCCACUGUCUCGGCUGAGGAGAAAGAACAAAGUCAAAAAGGAUAGGAGGAGGAAAGAUAAGAAAUUUAAGAAAAACUGUGAAAGGAAGAAAACUAAAGCCAAGCAAUUGCAGAAAAAGAAAUACAAGAAAAGCUCUGAGGAAAGAAGGAGAUCAAGGAGAACUAAGCUGCAAAUGCCAGUGUGUGAAUCAGAAGAUGAUGCUAAGCCGAUGUCUUAUGAUGAAAAGAGACAAUUAAGUCUCAAUAUAAACAAGCUUCCUGGUGACAAAUUGGGGCGCAUUGUUCAUAUAAUACAGGCACGAGAGCCAUCCUUAAGGGACUCUAAUCCAGACGAAAUAGAAAUUGACUUUGAAACUUUAAAAUCCUCUACGCUGAGAGACCUGGAAAGACAUGUUAAUACUUGCCUAAGAAAAAAGCAAAGAAAAACUUUGCCUAAAAAGUCUUCAGGAAAAUCUAAAGAAGAAAUUCAACUGGAGAAAAGGCAAGAGCUGGAAAAAAGAUUACAGGAUGUGAGUGGGCAUCUGAACUCUGGAAAAAAACAAAAAAACUCUCAGAAGAAUAACCCAGCUAUAGAUAUGGGCCAAUGUUCGAGAUUAAGUGAAAGCAGCAGCAGCAGCAGUUCUUCAGACUCUGAAAGUGACAGCAGCAGUAGUGAAUCUAGUUCUUCAGAUAGCAUUGACACUGAAUCAGAAAAAUCAUCAAAGCAGAAAUGUAGCAAAAGUAAGGUUCUUCCUGUUGAAGAAAGAAAGCACAACCACCUAAAUUACAAGAUGAAAUAUCAUUUGCACCAUUCGUUGUUGAAUACUGUUCACCAAGAACAGUCAUUGCCUGGUUGUAAAGUACCAGAGUCUCAGAAGAUGCAUAGACAACCUGCUUUGUUCAGUAGUCGGCAAGCAAAGAUGCAGCAGUCUGAGUCACAGCAACUUGUAUCAUUAAAAGAGCCAGCACGGAUCAUUAUUUCACCUCCAGGACUUCCUGCAGUUGUGUCCCCAUUGCAUUCACCUCCUUUGUUGAAAUUUAAAUGCCUGUCAGUGAGUCCUCCUCAUCUGUCCACUCAUGUCAAGGGACCAAAGCCACUAGAAGAGGAAUCUAAUAAAUUAGCAAUUAAUCAAACCAAGCCAUCUCUUGAAACAUCCAGUGACCAAAUGCCAAUUAUGCGACAACAAAAUGUGGAAGCUGCCCCUCCUGGUGAAAUUAAAGCAACUGGCGACAAUAAGCUAGCCUUGGAGGCUAAAGCCUGUCUUGUUACAAGAAAGGAUAUUGAGGUCAAGAAUGCAAAUUCUUGGGCAAGUUUGGGCAAAAUGACAACCACAACUCCUCCAACAAUAAAAUCUUCGAGUGAGAGUUUCAAAAUGUUUAGAAAAGCAGCAAUAGAGAAAGAACAACGUGAAAAAGCUUUGAAAGCUCAGCAAGAAAUGAAGAAGUGCCAUCUUGAACAAACUGAGAAUGAACAAAAGAAAAUAGCUUCAGAGCAGCAACGAGAAAAAGAGAGAGAAACUAUCCCAGAAGAGAGUCAAACAGUUCAAGUCGCGGUCAAUGAGAAAUUGACUGAGCAGAAGGUGCAAAAGGAAAAUGAAUCACAACAAGAAUCAUUGGAUAAGGAAAGAGAAUUGGCUAGGAAAAGGGAACAAGAACGUAGACGAAGAGAAGCAAUGGCGACUACCAUUGACAUGAAUUUACAGAGUGAUAUUAUGGCAACAUUCGAAGAAAAUCUUUCAUAGAAAUCUUGAAAUAAUUUGGACUUGAAUCAUUGCAAAAGUAAAUAUCGUAUCUGCAUGAUCAUUGAAAAGACCUGUAGUGACAGGUUGCAGUCCAUUCAGCAUAUUCUGGACAGUGCUCAUGAGCAGACCUUCACGUCAGUUUGAUGAACAGAUGCUAACUGCAGUGCCUCUUGAGAGCUGAGGUGGAAGAACUUGCAGUUUCUUUUUUCCUUCCAUUUCCCAAAUGCCCCAGAGCUCUUCACAGAAAGGAGAUACAUUGUGCAUUUACCAAUGUGUGGAGAAACUGGGUCCCUGAUUCCCCAAUGAUGAAGGAAGCUUAAAACUCUUGAGAAUAAAAUUUGAAGUUUAAAGAAAAAUGUAAUCUAUCUAUUGGCCAUUUAGAGAUAAAAGAUUAUAACAAAAAUGAAUGCAGAAAAAGCAAAAAUUUCAUUCUGCUGGCUCAAGGAGCCUACAGUUCAGUGUAGUUAUAAAACUUUAAGAACUGUUGCAUUUAACCACAUUACUGAAGUGAUGUAAUCUUAAGUGCUUGUAUUGGGAUUAAAAACUGAAGAGACAAGGAAUAUCUGCGUUAACUUGUUAGAUUAUGAUUCGCUAAGUUAAUUAU